AACAAGAUUAAUCAAGUGUCAAAGAUGUGCCAAUUCGCCAAAGUGUACGAGUUCCAUUUUGACUAAUUGGAAUCUACUUUGUUUUGUGUUUUUUUUAUUUACCUUCUCCAACUACCGAUAAUUUUAACUAGUGUUCAUUGUUUAAACUACACACUAUUCUUAUUGUAAAAGGGGUUCGGACCUCAAGAGGUCUGUUUGCCAAACAAAGAAAAUAAAUAAAAAUGUCUUGUCAAGUGGAACAAAUAGCUGAUUGUGGCGAUUUAUCCAGUUUAGGAAGAGCUUUAUUUAUAUCAGAAAAAGAAGUUUCAGAUGAAAAUUGGCUUCCCCAGUGUACCAUAUCUUUGUCUUCAUGCAGCAGUUUAUUGGCAGUGGGGUAUAAAAGCCGUCUGUGUUUAUUAACCAAUCAGUGGAUUAGUCUUACGAGUAGUCGCACAUUCAUCAUCUCAUGGAGUGGAACAUUACCUUCAGACAUAACAGCUGUUCUAGCAUUAGCCAUAUGUCCAUCACAGCAAUCCUCUCAGAAUGGACCUGAUUGGUUUUGUAUAAUAGUUGGUUUUAAAAAUGGCAGUGUUGGUUUUUAUACUGAUACAGGACAUUUGCUUUUGCUAGAAAAAUUAGAUGACUGUCCAGUUAUGAAGAUAUCUUGCCAUACUGGAACUUAUGGAACCUUGCCUGAUGAUAUACACAUCCUAUUUUCAACUUGCGAGUGUAUUAUCACAGGUUCAAGCCUGUAUCAAACACUCAGGAAUGCUAAGGCACAACUAGCUAGAGUGAGAGCUGGUAUACAAGGAGACUAUUCAGUCGACAGUCGUAGCAUCAAUAUAAGAAAAUGGACCUUCUCUGAACAAGAAGUUAUAAAUGACGCUUCUGUAGUGGGACUAGACCUCAAGAACACUUAUGAUCAUUUGUUAGCUGCAUCCACUUAUGGGGGAUAUGAUGUUUGGUAUCGUUCAGUCCCACCAGUCAAUACUUUAAUACUCGGAGCGGGUGUUAAGCCAUAUGUUGGUUUUCACUAUGCUCUUGAAGGUGGAACAGCACCACCACUCCAAGACGUAGCAAGGGCUGUUGCGAAUAAGAUCAAGUCGGCUCUUCCAGGCUGGCUCGGCGGAGGCUCAACAGAAAAUACUACAGUUGGAAAUGAACCACUGAUUCGCUCCGAGGGUCUGUCAAUGCGCAAUGGCUUGUUUGAUGGACAACGCAACGGCAACUCCGUAGCUGUAUCACCUGAUCGCCGACUUGCUGCCAUUGUGGACAGUUUAGGCCGUGUCGCAGUUCUAGACGUGACUCGUGGACAUCUAAUUAGACUCUUCAAAGGUUGCAGAGAUGCACAGUGUGCAUUUGUUCAGAUAUUUGAAAUGGAAGACAAGAAACCGAAAUUGUCUAUUGUAAAAGAUCUAAAGCGAGCAAUAUUCUUAAUUAUAUAUAAUCCCAAAAAAGGCCUCAUUGAUAUAAGAAUAAUGCAAAAAGGAAACAGGGUGGCGGCUUUUACUGCGACCAAAAACGGCCUUCUUCUAUACAAUACGUGCGGUCUAGUCGGUGCAGUGAAAAAUUAUACGUACAAAAAAAUUAAUUUGCCUGAGUUUCAAUGCGUAUUAAUGGACCCAGAUGGUACAUUAAAGAAAUUUAAUAUUCCAUUCUUUUAUGCUCUGGAAGGAGAAUACUCUCAAAGAUCUAAAGACCUGCACGUUUUGCGAGAUUUACGCGUUUACCUUAGAAAAUCACCCAUGGACUCUGAAGAUUUUGUCGAAGAAUUAAUAAAAAAAGUCACUGAAUUAAAAACACUGGAUUUGAAAAAGCAUUGUUUAGAUAUGUUAGUAAGGAAAUAUGAAAUAUCUCCGAAAAUUGUUAUGACUUGUCUAAGUCUCCUCUGGGUUAGCAUUGAAAACGAAGAAUUGACGGAUCAAUUAAUUGAAAUUAAAAACUACUUUGCAAAUCUUGCCCUAGCAACUUUAUUCUUUAGACAUAUGAAUGGAGAAAACGUUGAUGACAUGCGAGAUUUGGUAACUAAAGUACACAGCUACAAAAAUCUAUACACAGAAGUCUCAGAAGAGACUGAAGCUGAAAAAGCUGAAAUAGAUGAAAAUACUGAAACUCCAUGCUUUGAACUUUUGGAGGACGACAAUUGCAUCUUAGAGCGAUUAUUGUCCCUAGCAAAAGAAAUCAAUUACAAAGAACAACAUGCUAGAGUAACUUUUGCCGUUAAUAACACAAGCGCGUACAAAGAAUUUCUUUCAUGUUUCAAUUUAGAUUCUAAAGAUGAAUGCAUACGCUUAAAGUCUGAAACUACAACAGACCAAAUGAAUACUCUAGCCAGUAGCACAUUUAAAUCUAUAUUCAAACUAAAUGAUGUCACACUAUUAAGUAAUUUCGUAAGAGAGUGUAAUAUGGACCCUAAAGAAAUAGUAAAACUAUUAAUUAUGCAGGUAAUGAACAUGCCAUUACAAGAUAUUAAUUUGGAGCUCAUUGAGAAACUGAUACAAGUUUUAUAUUUCUUGUGCAAUAUUAUAGAAGAUGCAACACAAAUAGCUUAUAAUGAGACAUCACCAUGGUGGCAGGAUGUUCGCGAUGUAUUAGUGGAUAUGCCGUGUCCCUUGAGGAGCAUGAUAGUGGCAAUGGCUUGUAAAGCAGUCAGUAGAAUAUUUGAAAUAAAAUGUCAAGAAAUAGAUGACACUCUGUGGGAAUCCGUUACUAAAGAAAAUGCCAAAUGGGGUAUGCUAAUCGGCAAGUUGGAAGAUAUUUCCAUACUUAGCAUUAUACUCAUGUUCAAAGAUUCAUUUGGUGAAAAUGCUUUACCGAAACUCCAAAUGACUGAUUUUAACAUAAAUCUAAAAUAUAUUUACACAAGAGGAAAUGGAUCUGUGACAGAAUUAAUAGCGAAGUGGUUAUGUAGUAUGGGCGUUAUUCCGGAAGCUAUCAUAACUAACGAGUUAUUUGAUAAAUAUGCUGGUGUUGAUUUAGAAACACACUUUGAUAACAGCGAGGACGACCAUGACUACAUUUAUAUGAUGAACAAUCGUUCAUAUGUUGACGAUAAUCCUGAAAUAUUUAAAUGGCUUUCUCUAUUGAGACUACAGUUUCCGUUAAGUACGUCUUCAAACUACAUAAUUGCUAAUAUGUGUUGGGAAUAUUCAAUAGCUUGGCAAAAGUCUAUGCAAAGUUGUGAACUUCUCAGCACAGUCAAUCAUUGUCUAAAGAGCAUAUCAGAUUUACAUAUACGACUAGGUUUAUAUUCCAUAAUAUGGUUUACAUACAUCAAGCAUGUGUUUGAAGCAAGUUGUCGGCUAGUUAACAAAGUGGGCCGGCUACCAAAAGAUCCAUUGUGUCUUCAAGAUGUGGGAUUUGACAGUACAGUUAUGAUUAAAUUUCUUGAAAUUGUUACAACGUACUUGGGCGAAUUCUUAGAAUGUUCGCAAAUGUCAAUUAGUCACGAUAAAGCAAACAUUCAAUAUGAACAAAUUUGGGACGAAAGUACGCCUUCUUUAGUGGAGGUGGCUCAGGAUAAUAAGAGAGUUAAUAAUGAUAUAUUAAAUUUGAACUAUCAACUAUCGUGCACAGUGUACUACAUGUGUCAUUUUAAUGUAAAAGUAUCGAAACCACUAGACAGCUUGUACGAUAUUGAUUACCAGUACAUAUUUGAUUCAUUAAUCGAUAGUAAACACACUAGAGAAAUAAACAUGAGACCAUCGGAAAAAUUAAGAAAUCCAAGAUUCAAAUUUAUAACAAAACUUAUUAGAUGUGCUGUAGAUACAAUAACUACUACUGAUGAAUUUGGAUCACCCGAGUAUAAUUGUGGGGAAUGUGUUCCUUGGAUUGAGAAAAUAACUAUUCUAGCAGAGUUAUGGAGCAUCGACAUUGAUUUUGUACGACGUCAGCAGGUGAUAGCUUUGUACCACCUUGGAUACGAUUCAUUGGCUGACAGAAUAAUAACUUUGAUUAAGGAACCAGAAGUACUGGUCCCACCCAUUCUAGCAAUAACGACACAAAGAUUCAAGAGAAGUUUGGAACAAUCAAGCAAUCAACCAGAAUGGAUAGUAACAAUGCCACCACAUCUUUACAAACGUCUCCAGAAUGUAGCAUUGGAUACUUCAAUACCAGCUCAUCCAUCUUUGACUACAACAAAAAUGGUGCUAAACAGUUUGCUUUACCAAGUAGAUCAAAAAGAAAACUGCUCAGCAAGUCCUCAAGACCUUAAAGCUUUAGAACUCUUUAUGGACAACUGUGACGUGUUGAUAUCAUAUAAACUACACUAAUGAAUAUAUAAUUUUAACUACACUAAUGAAUUAACCCUAAUAUUUUAUUGUAUGGGUCAUCAUGUUUAAUUCUUCAAAGUAGCAUGAGAAAUUCAAUUAUUAAAUAAUAAAUAAAAUUUAAAAAUAAAUUAAUCAGCAAUGCUUUACUCUCUCCAUUUGUUUAUUGUUCUAUGAGCUCAUUUUACAUAUAAAAAUCAAAUUAUAUUCUCAUAGCUACUUAAUAGAUUUGUUUAUUAAAAAAAUAGCUAUGUUAAAGGUAAAGUAAGUACUACAAUAUAUAUUAUAAUUGCAAUAUAAUAAAAUUUCGUAACUACUGAAACUUUCACACGUUUUUAUUUUUCCUUAUACUUGGUACAGCUCUAUGACCACAUGUUAGAAAUUGAAAUGAUAAAAUUAUGGUAUUGAUUUUAAAAAUCUAUUUAUCAUUAAUUAUUUACCUUCAGUAAUUCAUUUAAAUUCAGAUAUUUUAUAUUUAUAGAAUGUAUUUUAAAAAAUCUUACUACCCUACCGGAAAAUAUGAAGAGGUCUAAAGCUUACUUUGUGUGUUGUAGUGAAGAAAUUGUUGAUAUUGGUUAACCUUUUGAACGCCACGGACGUUUAUAGACGUCGAACGAAAUCGUGCCAAACACGCCACCGACGUCUAUAGACGUCAAGAAAACGACAUUUUUUAAAUACAAAAUAAAUAUACUAAAUUAAG